AUGAUUCGAUUCGCGACAGAGUCCAUUCAGAGUGAAGUAAUUUUUUUCCGUAUAUUACUAGACUCAGGUCCGCUUCUAUUUUGUCGUUACUUUUUCUUUGAUUUGCUUUUUUUUAUUUCCUUCGUCUUCUUUCGUUAUUUGUCAUUUCUUUUUGUCUUAUUCUAUUUUCUUUUUCUUUUUGUAUUUUUCAUCUUUUCAUGUUUUCUCCAUCUUUUCUUCAUCUUUUCUCCUUUUUCGCACAUUUCUUUUUUAUUUCUCUUUCCUGUUUCGUUCCUUUAUUUGUCUUUACUUUUGUAUUUUCUUCUGUCUUGUCUUUUUCGUUUUAUCAUUAAUAGGUUUCUCACUUUACUUGAUAUAUUCUGCGUUUUUCUUUUUUCUUUUUCCUCUUCAUUCUAUUUUCCUCUCUUUGUCUUUCAUUCUAUUGCUUCUUUUUCGUUAUUUUCUUUCAUGUUUUUCUUUUCUUUCAUUCUAUUCGCAUUUUUCUUGCCACUCUUUCCUUUCAUUUUAUUUAUAUUUUUCUUUUUUUUAAUAUCUUUUCUUUGUUCCUUUUUAUUUCUUUUCGUCUUCCCUUCCUUUUCAAGUUAUUUAAUUAUUUUUAAUUUUUAUCUUCUUCGUCGUUUCUUCCAUUUUAUAUUAUUUUUUUCUUCCUAUUUUUCUUCUUUUCCAUAA